CUCCGCAGCGGGAGUGUUUGGGGGCGUUAAAUGGAAGCAAGCUGAAGCCGGGGUUUGCGAGGCAGAAGAGGCGGAGCCUGCGCGAGGAGCACGCGCGUAGUGGUGACGUCGUCCCGCCAGCGCUGCGGUUACUGGCGGCGCGAGGCCAGACGUUGUUGGCGCGCGGCUUUGAAAAUAUAACGCGGAGCGGCCGGGAGCGCGGCCCCGCGGGGAGAUGGACGUGGAGGGCUCGGGCUCCUCCGGCGCCCCGGUGUCCUGCGAGCUUUUCGCGGAGACAGAGGCCGUUGCCGCGGGCUGGAUGCUGGAUUUCACCUGCUACGCGCUGUGCCGGCACUUCCGGGAGGGGCGUACACGGGACUUCGAGCGGAGCCGGGACACGGCGCAGGCUAUUAUUAAUGGCCUGUCCAAAAUAGCUACUCAUCAGAUGAAAACUGUGUAUCUGUGUCAGUUUUUGACACGAAUUUCAGAAGGAAAAACACUUGGUCGUUGCUUUGAAAGUGAUCAGAGAAUUUCACCUUUGGAAUCUGCUCUGUCAAUUUGGAAAUUGCUUGAAGAACAACAAAACAAACCAGACAAUCUGCAUGAAGAUAUUCAUCGCUUAAUUUUGAUUCAGGCUGUAGCCGUCCACCUAGAGAAAGGAUACUUUAAGGAAGCUACAGAAGUCCUUAAAAGACUAUCUUCAGAAUCUGAAUCGAAUAAGGCUUUAAGAAUGAAGCUGGCCUUAAUAAUUAAUGGGAACGAUCCAGAUCUGCCUUUCUUCCAGAGCUUCAGUUAUAAUCUCUUGAUCGAUAAAAUCAAGUCUUACAUUGAUGUUUUCUUGAAAGAAAACUCAACAAACUUUCUAAUCAAGGCAGCCACAAAAGAGGUGGAGACUAAAAGAUUGGAAGCAACAAUGUCUCACAAUAAACCUGGAAAUACUAUUGAAACAAAUAAUGAAAGUAAUUUGGAAACAGAACAAAGUAAUCUAGAAGAUCAGAGAAGUAUUGCAAAUGAAUCAUCAGAGAAUGCAAGAGAACAUCUAAAAAGAUCACGCAAACACCUUUAUUCCUUAGCACAGCACACCCUCUGGAAGCUAGAAAAUGUGCCUUCUAAUAGGAUAACAAAACACAAAAAUACCAGUUGUCUUCAAAGUCUCAGUGAUUUGCAGAACAUUGAAAAUGAUGGAAAAUCUCUGUCUCACAGGCCAAUUCGCCGAAAGAAGCAGCCACUGCUUAAACCCUGAGAAUUCUUACAUUCUCUUGUGUGAUCCAGCGGAAUAGAAGGUAAGUGAAAUCAGAGCUUGGUGUUUUAUGUUAAAACUACUUAACAAAAAGCAUUCAGACUCCCAAAAAUUGAAAUAUAUCUUCCAUUCUUACCCAUCGGCACCCAGGCCAUCUCCAGAACAACGAUGGUUGCCAGUAUUCAUAGCUGGAGGCUGGCAAGCUACGCACACAGUAUACCCCUCUCGUAGAUACUGCAUCCAGCGGGCAUAUGGCCGAUUCUCCACAGUGCAAUGGUGAGAGAGUGAUUCAGUUUUAAAUUCCACACAAUAUCUGCAUGCGGGUGGGGAAAAAAUAGUACCACUUUAACUGGCUUUAGUAUUGAUGAGCAUAACUUUGUCAGACAUUAGGAUAUGAAUCACUUUUAUGCCAUAUCCGUGCAUCAUAUAAAAAGUAUAGUGAUACAGAGCUUAGGAAAGAGAUUGCUGAACAGUGGCUAAGUUGCACACCCUUUCAGCCACGACCAAACUAUGGACCUUGGUUCUGACAUUGAGGCACAGCCCAAACAUGACAUAAUGUACAAAGUUUCUUAUAUUGGGAUGAAACACUUUAGUAGGAUACAGUCUCCCAAUCACUCCUAUUUUUAAUCUAACGGUGAAAGAUAAAACUCAAUGUAUGACUAAUUGUUUUCAGAAUGCCUACUGGUUUCAUUGGCCCAGGGUAAACCGAGUAGGAUAGAGCAUUAGACACAGUGACAGAGCUGAGUUGAUCAGAUCUGUGAGCUACAUAUUUGUACAGCUUCUGCCACACAGCCCUAAUAGAGCAGCCCUUGGGACUAGAACUUUCUGCCAAUUUUGUUUAUGCAGCGAUCUAUGUAUAAUUUCUCAGGCUACUCAUAGUUACAUAUUUACUUGACUUUGUGUUAGCUUUAUUUAUUCUUUUUUU